GCAUUUUGGCGCGCUCAAGCACAUCUGCAGCUGCGUAUAGAGAGGAGGAACUACGGAUGAAGCCUAAUUUCUUCUUAGCUGACUAGCCUCGCGGUUGGUGUAGUUUGGUUCUUAUUCGUAGAAAACUGUGCGGGGGAGGUGGAAGUGCACUUCCUUUCGUCCGUCACAGUGACAUCUCCACUACCUGCCUACACCAGAUUCGUACUUUCAUCUACAGUUCCGAACGCUCAGGAGAAAAUCCUCCCUCAUUGGGUAAGGAAUUUUCAAAGUAAGGCUUAGUAAUGGGGAAGAAGAACCAGUCACGUGAUGGGAACUCAUCCGAGUCGUCAGAAGAGGAAGAGUAUGUGGUUGAGAAGGUUAUAGACAGACGGGUUGUGAAGGGCCGUGUUGAAUUUUUCCUGAAAUGGAAAGGCUUCACAGAGAAGCACAACACAUGGGAGCCGGAGAAGAACCUGGACUGUCCAGACCUCAUCGCUGAGUUCCUGAAGACUUACAAAAAGGGAAGCUCCCCCCCGAGCAGUGGUGGAAAACCCUCCAACACCACAAGCUCUCCAGCACGGCCCAAGGACGGCAGCAGCAGCAGCAACAACAAGAGAAGCUCCACAGAAGAUGAUGAGGAAGGAGGCAGUAAAACCAAACGGAAAAAAGAGGAUGCGAUCCUUGUAGCGAGGGGAUUUGAGCGGGGCCUGGAACCUGAGAAGAUCAUCGGAGCCACAGACUCAUGUGGAGACCUGAUGUUCCUCAUGAAAUGGAAGGACUCUGACGAGGCGGACCUGGUGCUUGCGAAAGAAGCCAAUAACAAGUGCCCACAGAUAGUCAUUGCCUUCUACGAGGAGCGUCUCACCUGGCAUGAGGACGGCGACAAAAAGGAAAAGAGCGUAGUGGAGGCGUGAGAAGUGGGGUACCCCCCCCCACAUCUAAUGACAGUCACACAUGCACCCCCCCCCCCCUCAUAUUCCCCCCUCCACGCAUCACCGAUUCUCAACUUUGAGAUUUUUUUUUUUUUUUAAAACAAAGAACAGGUAAACCACAAAAGAACCAGGCUUGGCCAGGCGAGGGCCACGGGCCCCCUGUCUGUCAGCCAAAAAAAAACCUUCAACUCCACAUCCAACUGAAAAACAGUCCAGAACGGUGAUGACACACUUGGAUUUUUGGAUGGAAGGAAUGUGAUUUUAUUAUCAUCCUUUGUUAUGUUUCUCACGCUUCUAUCAUGCUUAUGUUUGUUAGUCCUCUCGCUCGUGUAAACAUUCUUCUUACACUGUAAUUGUGGUGGGGGUAAGAGAGCCAUAAGUCCUCUCUCUGGAUGGUAGUAUUGUACAUUUUCUAUGUCAGUGGUUCACAAUCUGGCUUUCUGGGCCCCCUCUGCUCGACACCAUUCCUUUCUCUGCGUACAUGAAAGAACUGGUCAGUGGUCCGUUGAUUUAGCUAAAUUGGGUGUGUGGAGCUGAUCAAAGGUAUUAGGACGAUCCUGACUAAUCAGGUGGACUUGGUACAGGGAUGGAUAGAAAAACCCUGCAGGGCCGAAAGGUGCCAGGAGUAGGAUUGAGAACCCCUGGUCUAUAUGAAUGGAGAAGAAUGGGAGGUUUGUGGCAGCAUUUUAUACUUAUUUUCUCUACCGUUUUUGGUAAAGGUAUAACAAAAUGUGUAGGUCUUGUCACAAUUCAUGAAUUUUUGUUUUUAUUGACCUACUAUUUGUAACUUGUUAAAUCAAAGGAGGUUGCAUCCCUAAUUUCUCACAUGCAGUCGAGGGCACAAUUGUGAAACAUGCAUUUGUAUUCUUGCCCUCAAUUUUUUUUUUUUUCCCUCUUCCUUGACGCCUCAAUUUAGACAUGUGUACUACUGGCAGUGUUACAAUUUGACCAAGAGUCAAUCUCAUUCACAAGCACUUUCAUCACCAAAGCACAGUAUGUCGCCAGAACAUGGACACGCUCGUAAACCUGUUGGACUGUUUGACAAUCCCCCAGCCUAUCCCCCCAGGAGAAGCCAGGCAACGUUCCUUCCUCUCAGCUCAGUGCCAGUCUGGUCCCACAUCUCCACCCAGUGGUGGAAGACAAAACAAUGGCUGUACCAAACCAGUAACUCUUGAGGAGUGGGAAGCCUGUAUUCUCUCAGUUUAAAUCCUCUGUUUAAUUCAGGUGUUAAAAGGAUGCAGUGUCUGGUUGCAACAUGUUUUGUUUUAACCAGUUACAACAGUGGGGAUUUGUUUAAAUUUUUGAAUGGCCUUUUGUUCUUUUCGCUCUUAAAUGGUUACUUCCUCCCACCCUCCUUCUGAUCCAUUACUUUGUCAGUCAUUUCUUUCAAUCAGUGUGUUCAUUUAAGUGUUUUGUCAUGUUGAAUGCUUGGUACAGUCACCUUUUGUAUGUCUUGUAGCAUAUUCUAGUAAACUUAAUUUUCAACCGUA